CACGUCACGUAUUACGAGAGAGAUUUCUAGAACUAUGAUCGAUUCUAGAAGAGAAGCGUGAAGCUCGUAGACGCUUGGGAGCGAGGCUAAAUACUCAAGGUUUGUCGUUAACACCCCUACCCCAAUCGACACCCGUCGUUUUAGUCCUUUGCCUCGACUUCACCUGAGCUGCGGAUAAGCAAACCACAGCAGGAACAAUACUUUGCAUACCGCGUCCUCUAUUUUGUCCCGUCUCAACCAACUCCAAGCAGAACCUGUUCCUAUAGCAUUCAGAGAUCACGUACACGCCAUGCAGGAGCCUGCCACAGCACCGUGGGGUCUGAGCAUCAGCAACGCCGACCUUGAGAAGCUCAAAGCCGGUUUCGAGCCUCAGGAUCAGGAUGACAAAUGGCGCGUCUCGGCCACGGAUCAGAGCCUGAAUGGCACCAUCUCCAUCCACCUUGCUCGAAGCGGGACGGGCAAGGAACUCUACGUACUUGUUGUGAAACCAAGCGACGGUGGCAACAGCGGCAGUGCUGUGAAGAUCGAAGCUAUCACCUGGGAACAGAACAAGGGUGGAAUUCGCAUCUCGGAGGAGCAGGCCAAGAAGGAGGUAGUGAUUAUAACCAGACGCCUUCUGGAGUGCGGUUUUGAUGCGCUUCCAGAGUAUGACGUCUCGGAUCUGUGGAAUCAUCCUGCUGCUCAGCUAGGCGCCAAUUGAGCAAACUUUCCCUCCUGCCCCAAGGCAGAUUCGGUGUCAACUAUACUCGAAUAAAUCAAUCCAUAAGAGGUCUAGCAUUCCCC